AUGGAUUCGAUUGAAACUGACGAAGAUGAUGCAAUAGUUGGAGCGGCAGCCACAUCUGUCUUAGCUGACUGUGUAGGAGCAAUAGAUGGCACACAUGUGCUUGCAUCUGUUCCUAUCGAACACCAAAAUAGGUAUCGUGGCCGCAAAGGCAACACAACACAAAAUGUCUUGGCUGUUGUCAGCUUUAAUUUGAAGUUCACAUAUGUGCUUGCUGGUUGGGAAGGAUCUACUCAUGACUCUCGCAUAUUAAAUGAUGCAUUGGAGAGACCACGGGGGUUUCAAGUCCCCCAAGAAAAAUAUUAUCUUUUGGAUGCGGGAUAUGGUCUUCGUAAGGGGUUUAUUCCUCCCUAUCAUGGAGUACGCUAUCACUUACAAGAGUAUAGUGAUCUUCCUCCCCAAAAUGAGAAAGAAUUAUUCAACCUUCGUCAUGCAUCAUUGAGAUCUGUUGUUGAACGUGCUUUUGCUAUUCUCAAGAGACGAUUUCGUGUGAUUGAUAACGAACCAUUUUAG